UUGAGGGUGUGCGCUCGGGCUAGGGGGCGAGUCCUGGGGGAGGUGGGGCGCUUCCCGGGAGGGCGCGUCCCGGCCAGGCGCGCGCUCUGGAAGCAGGAGUGUCCCCUGUGGGUGGGCGCGUCCCCGAGGGGGAGGGCGCAGUCUAGGGGCGGGCUCUCCGCCGCCCCACCCUCGGCCGCGUCCCUCGGCGCCCCCCGCGCACCCAGCCGCGACGGAGCCGACCGCGCGCCGCAGCCAUCCGGCCAUGGAGACGCGAGAGCGGCGGCGCCCGCAGUUUCGGCUGCUGCUGCUGCUGCUGCUCUGCGGUGGGUGUCCCCCGGCGGGGGGCUGCAACGAGACACGCAUGCUGGAGAAGCUGCCGCUCUGUGGGAAGGCCUUUGCCGACAUGAUGCGCACGCUGGACGCGUGGAAGCGCUGCAACCUGUCCGAGUUCAUCGUGUACUAUGAGAGCUUCACCAACUGCACGGAGGUGGAGACCAAUGUGGUGGGCUGCUACUGGCCCAACCCGCUGGCGCAGGGCUUCAUCAGCGGCGUGCACCGGCAAUUCUUCGCCAACUGCACCGUGGACAGGACGCACUGGGAGGACCCCCCAGACGAGGUCCUCAUCCCGCUCAUCGCCGUGCCGGUUCUGCUGACCGUGGCCAUGGCUGGCCUGGUGGUGUGGCGCAGCAAGCGCCCUGACCAGCUGCUGUGAGGCCCGGCGGUCGCAGGGGCCGCACCUGGAGAGAGGGAAGGCCGGGCUGGGGACUGGGGAGCCGCCCCGGACCCGGACCCGGACCCGGACCCGGACCCGGCGGUCGUGGGCAGGCGCCACCCGGCCCUACAGCCCGCUGCACUCACGCUGCUCACCCAGGCUCUUCCUCUUUCUUGGGCCGGGAAAGAAAACGUGCCAAGACCAGAGCCCGAAUCGCUGCUGCUGUGCCCACCGCCCAGGCUGGGUGUCCGGGUGGUUCCUUCGCAGAGCCCUGCCUGGCCCCGCCGCCGGGCCUCCUGCCCCCGACCCCACCGCCGGCCUGGCUCUGACUCUGCCUCCCAACUCCACUCCUGCCCUGGCCCCAUCUCCUGCCCUGGCCCCACCCCCUGACCUCACCCCACCUCCUACCCUGACCCCACCUCCUACCCUGACCCGCCCCUCCUGCCCUGACCCCUCUGCCUACACUGACCCUACCUGUUCUGACCCCACUCCUUGCCCUGACCCCGUCUCCUGCGCUGACCCUGGCUCCACCCUCGGGCUGGCUCCACCCCCUCUGGCGCCCCCGGCCCUCCCUGGCCUGGCCUGCCCGCUCACAUCCGGGCAGGGGUUCAGCUAGAUGUGCGCUUGGGGUCUGUGGGAUCUUGCUGCGCUGUGUCUGAGCCCUCCUGGCGGGGAGCCCACACACGGCCUGAGGACGGAAAACCCCGGCAGACUGAGAGUCAGGCCUGGGUCCCCUGGUGGCCAGGCACCGCCUGAGACCCCCAUCUGUGCCCCCGGCGCAGGCCUCCUUGUAAAUCAGGCCCCUCUGGGCUGGGGUCCCGUGAGCUGCGCGUUGGCUGGCUCUGUCUGUGCUGUGUGUGCUUUCUCUGAGUAAAGAGUCAUCGCUUCUGGC